UGGGAAAAUAGAUCUAGGUCUUCAAGGACCUUGUGGGCGUGAUGAUGAUAAUUACUUCCUCCGUUCCAAAAUAAAUGUCUCAAGCUUAAUAUAAUUUUAUAUUAAAAUUAGUAUAAAGUUAAGACAGUUAUUUUGAAACGGAGGGAGUAUUUGUUUACACAGUCAGCAUUCAGCAACAAGCCGGAGUAGUGGAGGCACACAAAGAAAGCGGCCAUGGGUCCCGUCCGUGCAAUGAUGCGCACACACUACCGGUGGAGUGGAGUAAAAGAGCAGCCCACAUUGCAGCUUUGCCCCGUCACGCAUAAACCUCCACAGCUGACACCGAAAGCACUGGAUCUGGGGAGAAUGGCCCCAAGAUUGCUCGUCGUUCUUCCAGUGGUGCUGCUUGGUUUGGCCUUCCAGGCCAUUCUCCAGCCACCACCUACAAAACGUUGCGGCUCGGCAGGUGGACCUCCUGUGACAUCUCCCAGGAUCAAACUCAGGGAUGGCAGGUACCUCGCAUACCGGGAAGACGGUGUGCAGAAGGACAAGGCCAAGUACAAGGUCAUCACAGUGCAUGCAUUUGAUAGCACCAAGGACUUCCCCUCACCUGUUUCGAAGGAGCUUGUGGAAGAACUCGAAAUUUACCUCCUUGCAUUUGAUAGAGCAGGGUACGGGGAAAGUGACCCAAACCCCGGACGGAGCGUCAAAAGUGAAGCGUUGGAUAUAGAGGAGCUCGCCGACCAGCUGGAGCUUGGACAGAAGUUCCAUGUCUUGGGUGUCUCCAUGGGAGGAUACACAGUCUGGGGUUGCCUCCAGUAUAUACCUCACAGGCUGGCAGGAGCCACGCUAGUUGUACCAGUUAUCAAUUACUGGUGGCCUUCUUUCCCACCAGAGGUGUCCAGGCAGGCUUUCAAGAAGCUCAUUGUACCAGAGCAGAGGACCCUCUGGAUCGCACACAAUGUACCUUACUUGUUAUACUUGUGGAUGACCCAGAAAUGGCUCCCUUCUUCUGCGGCAGCCAUGCAUCAUCCUGAAAUAUUUAGCAAACAUGAUAUGGAGGUGAUUCAGAAGAUGAUGGCAAUGCCAAGAACCAUUGAGAAUAAAUCAAGGCAGCAAGGAAUUUAUGAAUCUAUCCAUCGAGAUUUACUAGUUGCUUUUGGGAAUUGGGAGUUCGAUCCAAUGAAUAUUUCAAAUCCAUUUCCUACAAAUGAGGGUUCUGUACACAUCUGGCAAGGAUAUGAAGAUAGGUUGGUGCUGGUUGAGCUGCAGCGGUACCUUUCAAAGAAGCUUCCAUGGAUCCAGUAUCAUGAAGUCCAAGAAGGUGGACAUAUGUUCAUGCUGGUGGAUGGAUGGACCGAUAAAAUUAUCAAGGCGCUCUUGGUAGGAGAAGAGGCAUCACCGAUGUGACUAAAGAUUCAUCUUUGAGCUGUUACUGGGCAGUGCAGAUGCUACGAACUUCUUUCCCCCAAGUUUUAUCCCGUGGGACACCAAAUUUGUCCAGUUCAAAAGAUGAUAGAUCAUACUUCACUUGCUCACUGGCCUCUUAGGAGGAUGUUCUCCCCUCCCUUUUCAAUGCAAUGAAACGCAAAGGCUUUUUGCGUUUUCUCGAAAAAAACUAUUGUUCUCCAGUACAUUGAAAUUACAAUAUGUGAAACCUUGUUGCUUGUUUCUUA